CUGACUUUCAGGUUCACAAGGCCUUUUUUUCUUUAUUUCAUGCAAUUCGAGAUAGUUUGUUUAUACAAAUGUAUUAACUUAACCAUAUAGCCUAAACAAUUUUUAAAAUAACACAAAACAUAGUAAGGUAUGGCCUUGUUAGGCCUUCUUCGAAUAAAACUGGGAAAUAUAACUAAUUAGAAACUAACAUACAGUAACUUAAACAUGUCAGUCAACAUGGAUUACAGUCCAAACUUAUUAUGCCGCUUGUGUUUAUUGGAUGGCAGUGGUAAUGUGUCAAUAUUUUCCAAUUAUAACGACAGCAGAUCUGGGUUCUUGGCUCAUAAAAUUAUGCAAAUAGCUAAUGUACAGAUGUAUGAGGGUGAUGGCUUACCCCCCUUAAUAUGUCGAUCGUGUUUGAGCAAAGUCGAAGCAUUCUUUCAGUUUAAAGUUCAAGUAGAAAAGUCUGAUUUCUACUUGAGACAACAAGUUUGCUCUUUUCAGGGAGAUGUUUUGACAUCUACGACUGUAGACAAAACUUCAGAAAAUGUUAAAAAUGAGCCUCUUUCAGCCAUCAAGAAUGGUGUAUAUCUCUCUGACAGCUCUUGGACUGACGGUGUGCAAAGUUUUCCUGGCCUUCAAAGCUGUGAAACGCUGACUAGUGAACCAGUAUCUGUGGACCCUCCACCAGAAGUUAAUGUUGUUUUAUCUGAAGAACCACAUCCAACCUUUGUCAAUUUGACAGAGGAAACCAGCCAGGAAGAUAAAGCUCUUUUAGAUUUGACUCAACAAGAAGGGAAAUGCCAAAAGGAAUCAAGUAGAAUAUCAGUAAACUACACAGAAGAGCUUAUAGAGAAAAAUGUUCCUGACAAGUCAAAUUACUUGAAUACUGUUUUUCAUGUGAAUAGUUUCUUUAGUAGGACUGAUGGCUUGGCUCUUGGUAAUCAAAAUGAAAAGGACAAUGAGCUUUAUAAUUUGGAUAAAAAAGAGAGUGAAGGUAUAGAAAAUAAUAAUAGUUGUACAGAAGAAACAAACAUUGAUGAAAACUAUGAAAAUGAAGAAAACAAGGAGGAUGAAGAAAUUGGUGAUGAUUGUGAUAAUGUAGAUUCAUUUAAGUCUGAUGAAACACCUUCAGGGUCAAAAAAUGAGAAAAUUACCUACUGUGAGCAAUGUGACAAACAUUUUGAAAAACCUAUUAGCUUAAAGAAACAUCAGUCAGUGCAUCCUAAAGAGUCAUUCAAUUGUACGUUUUGUAAUAAAUCUUUCAAACAUAGUUGGAAUUUUCAGUCCCACAUAAGAUCACAUACAGGAGAGCGUCCAUUCGUGUGUUCCAUCUGUUCCAAAACUUUUACGGACAAAAGUGCCCUCAACGCUCAUACGAGAAUAGCUCAUUUUACAGAGAAAACUCACAAAUGCACAUUCUGUGGUAAAGCUUUCAAGCUGAAGAAACAGUUAGAUAGACACGAACGAAUACAUACGGGACAUCAAUAUCACCGAUGUGAAAUUUGUGGCAAGUUGUUCACUCAGAAAAGUAAUCUCAUGAAACAUUCAGUGCUACACUCAGGAGAAAAACCUUACGUCUGUCCGGUCUGUGAAAAGCCAUUUGCUCAAAAGGACAAUUUAAACAUUCACAUCAUUCGGCACCACUCGCAGCAGACUCCAGUGAUUUGUGAUGUAUGUGGAAAGGUAUUUAAAAACAAGAUGACCUUAGUGGGUCACAAAAAAAGCAAACAUUCGGAAAACAUUAAGCAGAUUAUUUGUGAAGUUUGUGGAAAGUUCUUCCCAGACAGGAGCUGCCUGAACUCCCAUAAAUGGGUCCACAACUCUGGGGUGCCGGUGCAGUGUGACAUUUGUGGGAAAAGUUACCCUCACGGUAGAGCGCUCAGGGUUCACAAGCGAAUCGUGCAUGCAGAAGUAAGAAAAUACUGCUGCGAUGUUUGUGGGAUCGGCUUUAAAACCAGUCAGACGUUGAAGCAUCACAAAGUGGUCCACACGGGGGAGCGAGCCUUUAGUUGUGAAGAAUGUGGACGAUCGUUUGGCCAGAAAACUGCUCUGAAGACACAUCAACGAAUACAUUCUGGUGUGGAGCCGUACUCGUGUCCGCGUUGCGGUGAAUCUUUCAAGUGGAAACAAACUUGUGACAAACAUAUUCUCAAGUGUACCGGUAAGCCUCGUCAAGCGGUCAUAGACUAUCGCAUGAUUACUGAAGAUUAUGAAUCUGUUGCAAGGUUAAACGACCUUACUCCUGAUACAUGAUUGCCAAUCAAAUAUUUAUAUCUCCUAAAAUGUACACAGCUACCUGAAGACGAACUAUUUAUAUAUUGCAGGACAGUAUGAUUUUUAAAGGCUCUUUAAUUUUGAUAAGCAAG